CCGGAGCAGCGCGACGCGCAGGUGGCCUCGGGCCCGCUGUGAAGUGAGGGGCGGAGGGGUCCGUGCCUCGGGCUUGUACAGGGUUUUGCAUAACCCUGCCGCCCUGCUGCGUUUCUUUUUGAUGGGACCAAAAAGUGACGAGGAUCUCUGAUCCCCUUUUUAAGCACAGACGGCUCCGCGGACAGCGGAGAGGGGUACGUUCCUUGCUUUGCGCUUUCGGGGUUUUGUCUCCGCGCAGCUCCGGAGCUUCUCUGUGUUUCAAAACAAGCUCUCCUUGAGUUCUGAUUCACCCCCGCAGUGUUUGUGCUACCAUUCCUGCUCUCCUUUUGGAACUGACACUAAUUCUAUCCAGAUUCGUCACUGCUGGAAACAGAUUUAUCUUGGAAUCGCGGAAUGCUGUGCCAAGUAUUUAGCUUGCGGACCGGGAGAGAGGGAGCUCCUUCGGGUAGGGCACAUAAAGUGGAGCGCCCCGUGGUCACGCCCGAAAGCAGGGCAGAGGAUGGCCGAAGGGCUUUAGGGAGCGAGAGCCUUCCUCCCACUCCUCCAGGGAAGCUCCUCACUUCUGCGCGGUUACUGCAGCGGAACGAAAAAGAUAGACAAAAUGGAGCACAUGUUAAUGCUGUUCAUAUUUUUCAUGCCUGCAUUGUGUCUUGCUAAUGGAACAGGAACUGAACAAGAUUUUACCUGGCAUUUAAAGAAGGUUCCCCAGAUUGUGACCGAAAGAACUUUCUCCCUUGACAGCCCUAAAUUUGAAGCAAAACCCAACUUAGAGCUGAACAGCGUAUGUGGAAUUGAAUGUCAAAGGAAAUUGCCAGUGCCCAGCUUGUCUGACUUGAAGGACCUCUUGUCCUAUGAGACUAUCUUUGAAAAUGGCACACGGACCCUGACUGAAGUGAACGUCCUUGGACUGAUGCUUGAUCCAGCUGGAAACACGACGACACAUAAGUCUUUGAGAAAGAAGAGGCAGAUAUACGGAACAGACAGUAGGUUCAGCAUCUAUGACAAGCGGUUUAUGACCAACUUCCCGUUCAACACAGCUGUGAAGAUCUCCACUGGCUGCAGCGGCAUUCUCAUUUCCCCCAAGCACGUGCUCACCGCUGCCCACUGUCUGCACGAUGGCAAGGACUAUGUUAAGGGCAGUAAAAGGCUGAGGGUGGGUCUGAUGAGGACGAAGUCCAGAGGGGAUGGCAGGAAACGCAAAGGUGCUAAAAGAAGUAGGAGAGAAGCCCCUGAGGCCCAAGAGGAUCCUGAAGUUGCCACAGGACUAAGGAGACGGUCCAAAGGUGGUGGGAGAAAGCAGAGGAGAUCUGGGAGGAAGCAGGGGAGCUCAGAUGGCAUGCCCUCCUUCCAGUGGACCAGAGUGAAGAGUACCCACAUCCCAAAAGGCUGGUUUAAGGGUGUCUCAGGAGAUAUUGCCCUAGAUUAUGAUUAUGCUGUUCUCGAGCUCAAGCGUCCCCACAAAAGGAAAUACAUGGAGCUGGGAAUCAGCCCGACCAUCAAAAUGAUGCCUGGCAGUAUGAUCCACUUCUCAGGCUUUGACAAUGACCGAUCCGGGCAGCUGGUCUACAGAUUUUGUAGCAUUUCUGAUGAGUCCAAUGAUCUCUUUUAUCAGUACUGUGAUGCUGAGCCUGGCUCCACUGGGUCUGGUGUCUAUCUUCGUCUGAAGGAGCCGAACAAGAGGAAGUGGAAACGCAAGAUCAUUGCUGUAUUUUCGGGCCACCAGUGGGUGGAUGUCAACGGGGAACAGCAGGAUUACAAUGUAGCGGUAAGAAUUACUCCUCUCAAAUACGCCCAGAUUUGCUUCUGGAUACAUGGGAAUGAUGAGAAUUGCGCACAAGGCUGAACAGAGCAGACAUUAACUUGCCGAGCACCCAUAAUACCAUAGAGUGAAAAUCUGCUGCCAGUGGCUACCGAAAGAACAUCAUUCCACAUCAGGAUGCCUUCGAACUCAAAGUUCACAAGUAAUGUUACGGUGACUUGAGUGAUUCCGAAUGGUUGGGGGAUGGGUAGCAUUGUCAAACAAAAUGUUUUUAAUUGUAAUCAACUCCAGGUCUGCACUUGAAAUCCCAAGCUAUAUUUAUAUUUGUGAUUGUGAUAAAUUCAAAUCAUUCACAUAGGAAAAAAAAUGACAACACUUGUUUGUCAUUUUUUUUCCCCACGGGAAGGAUUAGAACUUUUCAAACUGGUAUUAUUUAACACCAUACAUUUUUUUCCAGUGGAUUUGCUUUUCUCAGGGUUCUGUUUCAAUUCUUCAAAUGCAAGUUGCACAUACAUCACUUUACUGUAUGCGCAGAAUGUAUGUGUACUGCAUGAGACCAAGACUUUUUUUUGGCAUUUUCUAAAGACCAUAGCUCCAUGUUGAGAAACAGCAAUCUAGUUCAAGCUUGUUAUUUUGGAAAGCUCUGGUUGCUGGAGGAAUGCUCCCAUGGAAAUCCCAAAUUUCUCUAGCUGAUGACCAGACCUAAAAGAAAAGUUUUGCUUUAUUGCUCAGUAAAAACAACAAAGAAAAAUUAAUGAGCAGAAGAUUCCAUGUUUGGGAGAAGAAGAAACAUUAGAACGUAACUUAAUGCCUUUAAAUACUCUUUGAGAAGCUAGACAAGUCUUAAACAUGUGGAUUUAUUUUCUAGUUAGUAUUUGAAGAGAUGUAGCUUUAGUUUCUUUUCAAACGUUUAGCUUUCCCAUUAGGCAAAGCAGUGGCUGCUUGACAAUCAUUUAGAGCUUCACCUCAAAGCCACAGGUGAUGGCUUUAUUGGGUGCUAACCAUUUUUGCAGGCAUUUAAAAUUACUUUAUAAGAAUUCAGCUUCAUAGGUAGAAUGCUCUGGGUAUUAGGCUGGGAGCUGGAAAGCAGUAUUUCCUUGUCUUUAGUUUUACAAAGUGGGUAGUUUUAAUCAUGUCAUAUUGAGACUCCACCUCGAGUUUUAGGGUUAAAUUAAAAAAAACCUCCCAACUAAAUUAUACUGCCUUCUGAAUGGUGGACAAACUACCCUGCGCAUUAUGAGAGAUAUCACGCUACCUAGCAGCAGUAGUUAUCAAAUCAUGUGGUUCAAUGUGUUUGCUGAACCACACAGUUAAUGAAAACACAAAGUGAGCUUGACUUCUACGUGCUUUUAUACAUGAAUCGCCUUUCUAAAAAUUGGUUGCUGUAGAUUGCCAUGCAAGUCUUAAUCUUGUUUUUUGUAUCAAGAUUUUGAAGUGCACAGGAUUGUUAUGGUGCUAUGUUAAUCUAAUAACAUAAAAGGAUACUGUGUACUUCAGAUCAUAUCGAGUUUCAUUACGUUCAUAAUUAUUCAACACUGCAAUCUUUCGUUUUUUGAUAAGUAAGUUUAUACUUACCAAAAUCCUUUUUCUUCCUAUGCAGAAGGAAAAAGUAUAACAAGGUUUUCAAAUAUUAUUCACUUGUUGGUAUAUUUGAAAUGUGCUUUUAACAUUUUUCAGUGAAAUAUGAUCAUUUUUAAUAACUCACUUUUUCUGCAGAUGAUUGAAAACAUACAAUCUGACACUUUGAAUGUGCAGGAAAUUUUGUCAUAUUAUUGCCAAAGCAUAAAAAUUUAACACUUGUUUCCAUACCUUAACUAUUACAAUAUUUCAUUAAUUGGAAAUAUCUCACUUUAAGGGAAAAAUAUUUCUUUCAACUUUGGCCAUUUCAGGCAACAUUAAUUUUUUUUUUUUUUAGGCUUGUGUGAUUGUUUGCAAAAAAAAAAACCCUAAUAAUAAUUGUUAAAGUUUAGAAAUUUAUGUCUAAUUAAUUUUAAAGUUAAUUAUUGUUGUCAUUGUUGUUAACAUCUCAAUUAAGACAUAUGGCUUCACUGACUAAUUUUAAAUCCCCUCAGUCCAGUAUUUAAUGCUCUUGCUCUAUGCAGCUGGCCUACAAUAUUCUUUAGGCGGUUCUGUAAUGUUUUUCCUAAGUGCCUUUUUCCAUAGUUACGGUAACAAUUGAGAUACCACAUUGUUGAUCAAUAUGAGUCAGCAUAGGUCCAUGGGUUUUGAUACGACUCCAUCCUCAUAGAAUGGCCUGGGUUGAAAAGAACCAUAAUGAUCAUCUAGUUUCAACCCCCUUGCUGUGUGCAGGGUUGCCAACCACUAGACCACUAGAUGUGGCUGCCCAGAGCCACAUCCAGCCUGGUCUUGAAUGCCUCCGGGAAUUCAUUCUUGAUUUGGGUCCAAAACUGAUCACAGUAAGGUAACCUAGUACACUCCUUAUUUUGGGAGUAAUCUUUAGAUGUUCUCGUUAGGAAAAGAAAUGGCAUUAUUUCUUCAUUAGUUUGGGAACUGGGGACAAGGUAAGAAUGAAAAAUGUUGCUGUCAGCUUUCAGAUGGUCUUCUUCUAACAGUCAUCUGCUCUUGAUGCCUCAGCCACAUCUUGUAUCCAAGCUUCUGUGUCUGAGGGCCCAUGCACAGACAUACAACUACAAGGGCUUGGAAAGCGUGUGCUGUUUUGUCAGGCAAGGGGGUCAGGAAUGGACCAAAUGUUAAUGCCAGACAACAGUUAGAGCCGCCACUUACCCUAAUAAAGAAGGAAAUGUUUUGAGUAGGCUUUGUUACUGCUUACUGAAUAGUUCAUAAACCAAGUAUUUAUGCACUGGCCAAAUGCACUGCACAGAGCUACAGUUACCAGCCACUAUGAGUGGCACAAAGACUUCUGAGCUUCAGAUUUCUUUCAAAUAGCAUCAGUUGGCAUUUUGUUAUCUAUGAGGAAAUACAGGGGAGGGUGUUCCUAGUGAGUAGCGUAGUGCACAGGAGUCAGGGCUGGGUUCCCAGAAUAGAAGGGGAUAAUGUUUGGGACAAUAUUCCCUUUGGGAACAAUGUUUUCUCAAAUAAUUUCUCCCUCUUUCCAGUACUGGAGUGGGCAUCAUUUGUUUUCUUCAGUACUAAAGCUUUUCCAUAAGAGCUGAUCUUUAGCUGUAUUCCUGCCUUUAGGAAAAAACAGACAAAAAUAUAUAUAAAUUCAGACAAAUUCCUUUUCUUCUACAGGGCUACUGGCAAUUUGUGAAGUUAACAAACAAGCUUUCCCCAGGCCAACGGUUUGUCUCAUGUCCAAACCAUUAACAUACCCAGACCAGGUUCUGCAAGACAGUUGUGCACGUGGUUAGUCUGGGGCUCUGAAUCAGACCAGAAUACAGCUCCAGUAAGAAAAUAAUUCAUUUGAGGGAGAGAAGCAUGUGGGGCAUGCCUCCCAGUCUACUGAUAAGGGACCAGCUUGGAGAAGGCAGCAAUGGCUACAGAAAGAGGGAACAAAAGAAGCUGGUAUUACAAGAAGGAGGUGGUGCAGUGUGCAAGGAAUAAAGAAAGUGUGGAAAGUAAUAGAUGAAAGGGCUGUGAGGUAGCAGUAGGACCCACUGGAAGAAGGAGUAGGCAGCUGGUAAAGGCAUAGCAGUAUAGAUUAAGAUGUAAAAAUCAUAAUUCACAUGGACAGUCUCCUUCCACUACUGAGCCUGAGGCUCUUCUUCCCAGCCUCAAGCCCCGAGGAAAGGUCUGGGAGGGCUGAGGCUCUGGCAGGGACCACAAGCAGGCAGCAGCUGCCAACCCACAUCUACGGACCUUGCCUAAAGUUGCAGGGAUUGGGCUUGUCCGCAGUAAGUCAGAGUCCUUGGGAAGCAACAGACCCAAAGCCCAAAGGGUCAGAACCUCCCAGCACAGCGUGUCACCAACGGGAUGGGAAGUGAUGGGAAUUCUUUUCCCUGGGAAGUUUUCCAAACCUGACGUUUUGGUGGGAUUUCUGCAAAGGCUGUUCCCUCUUGGAAAAAGAAAGAAAUCCCAAACUUGAAGUGUUGGAUCCAUUCUUGUUGCAUGUACUUACAAAGUCUAGCCAAUAGUUUUUUACAAAUACCUUUAGUUUGUUUGAUAUCUUUGUAGAAAUUUCAUCAACUGAUUCUAAUUUUAAAGCACAGCAUAUUGCAGAUACUUCCAUUUACAAAUUACUGGACUCGAGAAUAGAAUGAAAAAAAACAAAAAAAGUGUUAUUAGGUUGAAAGCUUAAAUUUGCACAGUCAUUUGCUCAAAUGUGGUAUAGCAUUUAGGUUAAAAACCCCAAGAGGUAGUUUGUACGAGUCUUUUAUGUUCUUAACUUUAUAAAGUGUGACAGCAAAUUUCAAAAAAUCAUGUUUUUAUUAAAUUUUUAGCUGCACAAAAUGACAGCUCACUUGGGAAAAUUAAUGCAAACCUUUGGUAUAUUAAGAUGUUAUUCAAUGCACUUAGUACGUCAAUAAAUAUUUUCUAUUGUUUUUCUUUUCCUCUUUCACGA